CUAGCUUUACAUGCCAAAGAUUAUGUGGACCGCCAUGAAGCUUACCGUCUUCUUUUCUCUCCUCCCUCUCCUCACCAUCUCCCUCCCUUGCAUUGCCAGCAAUACCAUCCAGCUAGUUUACGACACAGAAGGCGAGCCACUAAACAGCUACAAUGCCUACUACGUCCUCCCAGCCAAACAUAUAGAUGACAAGUUGUUCCUCACAACUAAGCGCAUUCAUCAUCAUGGCUGCCUAUACCAUGUUGUCCUCGAGAGCAACAUGACUAUUCGAACCAACAUGGAGUUCACACCAUUGCCACCACCACCACCACCACCGAGAGAUGUAAACAUUGUGCCUAUCCACUUGUCGAGCGACGUAUGGAUCGAGACUAAUGAUCUAUCUAGUUUAUGUGCAAAGAUGUUGCCUUGGCACCUGACGGAUCAAACACCAAAUUCAUCGUUAGGAUCGACUCAGUAUGUGGCGGCAGGGAACAAGGAGGGCACAUGGUCGCCCUUGGUGUUUCGGAUUGAGAGGCAUGGCGCUGACAUGACAGGAUACAAGUUGGUGGUCUGUGCCAACAAGGGCCCGUGCAAAGAUCUGGGUUUGCGUACUUAUAAUGGAAAUAUGUGGUUAACUGUGAGCAAUGAACCUUUCAUGGUUGUGUUCAUGAAAGCCACCUAGGUUGUAAGUACUUUGCAUUUCUCUUGGCAUCCUAUGUGUUCAUCUAAUGUAAUAAUGAAUGUUGAUUGUUUCAUGUAUGAGUCAAUAAUACAAGACUA